AUGGGCGGGUCGGGGAAGUGGAUCAAGUCGCUGGUGGGCAUCAAGGCGCCUCCGGCGUCGGCGUCGUCCUCGGGCGAGGCGGCGGGGAAGGGCCGGAAGUGGACCCGGCUGUUCCGGAGCAACUCGUCCUCCGCCUCCAGAUCGGGCUCCGGCGCGGGCGCAGGCAGCGCGUCGCCGUACGACACGUCGUCGGCGUCGUCCGCCAGCGCGCUCAGCUCGGUCGCCGCCGCCGUGGCGCGCGCGCCGCCGGCGGACUUCCGCGUGAUCCGGCAGGAGUGGGCCGCCGUCCGCGUGCAGGCCGCCUUCCGCGGGUUCCUGGCGCGGCGGGCGCUGAAGGCGCUGCGGGGCAUCGUGCGGCUGCAGGCGCUGGUGCGCGGCCGGCUGGUGCGCAGGCAGCUCGCCGUCACGCUCACCCGCAUGCAGGCGCUGCUAAGGGUGCAGGAGCGCGCCAUGGAGCGCCGGGCGCGACGCUCGGCGGACGCCGGGGACUCGCGAUCACAGGACGCGCUCAGCGACCGCAGCGGCCGUGUCGAACAUGCCAGGGAGGCAGAGGAACAAUGGUGUGACAGACAAGGUUCUAUCAACGAAGUAAAAUCAAGAAUGCAGAUGAAGCAUGAGGGCGCAGUGAAGAGACAAAGAGCAAUUGCUUAUGCUCAUUCGCAACAGCGGCGGAUUGCGAAAUACAGUGGAAGGCCAAGCUCCCCUGCUAGCUCUCUCAGGAACCACGAGUCUUAUGUAGAAGGGUGGAUGGCAACAAAACCUUGGGAGAGCAGGCAUAUGGAUGCAAACCUCGGUGAAUCCCAUCGUCUACGGAACUAUGAGGAGAUGAACUCAGAAGGUUCAAAAUUUUCUGAUGCUAGUUCCAUUAAGAUCAGAAGAAAUGAUGACACAACCAGAGUGGAAGCAAAGCCUCCUCCGGUGGCCUCACCUUCAUCUUCAGACUAUGGAUGUGAUGAGUGCUUUCAGUCUACAUCUUCAUUAACUCCAGAGUCUGCUACCAACACCUUGGCAUCAGAAGAAAGAUCGGACAGUGGUCAUGGCGUUGGAGAGCCGAGUUACAUGAGCUUGACCAAGUCUGCCAAGGCAAGGCUGGACGGUUGCAGCGGCAGUCGUAGAGGGAAAUUUCAGAUACAGAGACAGCGUUCUGGGGGCAUGCCUUAUUACAGAAGAGUGGCACUCUCUUCAUUGGACUUGGAAAGCAACACCGGCUCAGAUAUAUCGGCAGCCACAAGGAGUCUGAACAACAUGUCACUGAAAGGCCGGAGCAUGACAAGAAGCUUGGACAAGGAGAAUGAGAACUGGUUCUGACAUUGUUUAUCUGCUAUGUACAAACUAAUAGGCACCUUAUAUAUUUAAGUCAAGCUUCUUCCAGCUUUCGUAU